AUGAUAGUCAUUCCAGGCAUGAUUCCCAAGAGAGUCUUAAAACUAUGUGACCACUCCCGAGGAGAAAAUAGAGCCGUUUUAGGAAGAGCAACAGAUUUCCUCCACACUGUGGACCGGGAUCUAAAACUCUCCACCACCAAGCGCCUCCCUCAACCCUUGUGUCCCUUACCGGAGGCCAAUGCAAAUGCAGCCUCGGGGAAGCAGCGUGAGCAGCAGCCAGACGCGCACAGCCUGCGGUCGCGGGGGCACGAGGCCGCGGCGGCCACCGGGCGCCGAGCAGCCCCGCUGGAAGUUAGCUGGCUGCCCCCGCCGCCCCCGCCGCCCCCGCCGCCGCCCCGGCUGUGCGCUCCCUCCCAGCCGAGCGGCUCCCCGCGCACCAGCCCGCGGGGGAAGCGGCCGCAACGCCGCCGCGCGGCCUGGAGCCCCCGCCGCCCCGCCGCCCCGGCCGUGGGAGAGCAGCGCCCCCCCUGCGCCCCGAGGCCCCGGCCGGGGAGAGCAGCCCCCCCCCCGAGCACCCCGAGGUCCCGGCCGGGGAGAACAGCCCCACCCCGAGCACCCCGAGGUCCCGGCCGGGGAGAGCAGCGCCCCCCCGCGUGUCGACCCCCCCGCGUGCGCCCCGAGGCCCCGGCGCCCGGGCCGUGGGAGAGCAGCGCCCCCCCCCCCCCGCGUGCACCCGGAGGCCCCGGCGCCCGGGCCGUGGGAGAGCAACGCCCCCCCGCGUGCGCCCCCCGAGUGCACCCCGAGGCCCCGGCGCCCCGCAGUGGGAGAGCAGCGCCCCCCCGUGCCCCCCCGCGUGCGCCCCGAGGCCCCGGCGCCCGGGCCGUGGGAGAGCAGCGCCCCCCCCCCCCCCGCGUGCACCCGGAGGCCCCGGCGCCCGGGCCGUGGGAGAGCAACGCCCCCCCGCGUGCGCCCCCCGAGUGCACCCCGAGGCCCCGGCGCCCCGCAGUGGGAGAGCAGCGCCCCCCCGUGCCCCCCCGCGUGCGCCCCGAGGUCCCGGCGCCCGGCCGUGGGAGAGCAGCGCCCCCCCGAGUGCACCCCGAGGCCCCGGCGCCCGGCCGUGGGAGAGCAGCGCCCCCCCGAGUGCACCCCGAGGCCCCGGCGCCCGGCCGUGGGAGAGCAGCGCCCCCCCGUGCCCCCCCGCGUGCGCCCCGAGGCCCCGGCGCCCGGCCGUGGGAGAGCAGCGCCCCCCCCGAGUGCACCCCGAGGCCCCGGCGCCGGGCAGUGAGAGCAGCGCCCCCCGUCGGCGCCCCCCUCGGGCCCCGCGCUCCCCUGCGCGCUGAGUCGGCCCCGGGCGCCGUGUCCUGCGCUCCGCCGUCCCUCCGCGCGUGGGCACCGGGCCGGGCCCCGGGGGCAGAGCAGCCGCAGCGCCGCAGGCCCCGGCGAGGGGAAGGGGACGAGCCCAGGCCGGGCGCCCGGGGACAGGGGCGGCCCCUCGGGGCGCGCAGGGUCCGCUCCCUCGCCGGCCUCCCGCACCCCGCGGCGGCGUUUCCGGGCCUGGGGGCGCCCCCGACCCCCCGCUGGGAACGCGGGAGAGCGGGCGCAGGGGACGCGAGGCGGGGGGCGGGGGCGCACCUGUCGGGCCCCGGCGCCGCGGCACCGCCCCGGGCUCGCUCGCGUCCACGCUCCACAGGCGGCCCCGGCCGCGACGUGCCCAGGGCAGCGGGCUCCCCGCUCGGCUCGCGCGCCCCGAGAGCCGGCGCCCCGGCCCCUCUGCGGCUCCCUCCCCGAGGCCCCCGAGGCCCCGGAGCCCCCUCCCCGGCCCUGCACCGAAGGACGGAGAAACAAAGUGGAGACCAGAACGCACCAUGUGACCUCGAGGAGGAAUCAAGAACAGGAAACACUGGAAAACCAGGCAAUGCGGUAUGUGGGAAAAGCAACCAAUCUCAGGUACUAGCGAUGGUGAAACACGUGUUCUGA